AAGUCUUCUGCACAAUAUCUUUAGCUCAAAUAUAGUUUAGAGAGAAAGAAAGAAUGGAAUCACUACACUUUGAAGAAGGUGCACAACAACAAGAAGCAUCUAAUAAUAAUGACUCCAAGAGAGGAGGCUGGGUUACUUUCCCCUUCAUUAUAGGAAGUCAUAUGAGUCUUACUCUUGUAGCUGGUGGGUGGGCAUCGAACUUGUUAGUGUAUCUAAUAACAGAGUAUAACAUUAAAAGCAUAGCAGCUACAAAAAUACUCAACGUUGCCUUUGGUUGCAGCUUUCUCUUUCCUAUUGCUGCUGCCAUCAUCUCCGACUCUUUCUCUGGCUCUUUCCCUGUCGUUUCCAUCUUCGCCUUUGUUUCCUUGCUGGGUAUGAUCAUGUUCACCCUCACGGCUGUAAUACAUUCCUUGAGGCCACCUCAAUGUGUAAUUGGCUCAUACCCAUGUGAAACCCCAUCAAAUUUUCAAUAUGCAGUCAUCUACAUGACCUUAUUGCUGGCUUCACUAGGAGUUGGAGGCACACGCUUCACAAUUGCAACUAUGGGAGCUGAACAAUUUGACAAGGCCAAUGAUCAAGGAAUUUUCUUUAAUUGGUAUUAUUUAACCUUGUACAUUGCUAAUGCAAUUAGCUUCAGUGCCAUUGUUUAUAUCCAAGACAAUGUGAGUUGGGGGUUAGGAUUUGGAAUAUGUGCCAUUGCAAAUGUCAUUGGCUUAGCCGUAUUUAUAAUGGGAAAGAAAUUUUAUUGCCAAGUUAAGUCAAAAGGAAGCCCUUUCACAAGCAUAGCCCGUGUCAUGGUUGCAGCUAUUCGGAAAAGGAAUAUACUGAGAUCUUUUGGAAGCCAUAACUAUUAUUUUGGAACCACCGAGGCGUUAAAAAUGGAAGAUGAUGCAUCAAUGAAAAGUUUAAGGUUCUUGAAUCGUGCAGCUUUGAUAACUGAAGAUGACAAACAAUUAGAUGGCUAUUACGCAAGAUCAUGGAGAUUGUGUACCAUGGAAGAAGUGGAAGCCCUCAAAACCCUGAUAAAACUUAUCCCAUUAUGGUCUACUGGCAUUUUUUUAAGUAUUUCAAUAGGUGUUUCUAGUAGCCUCAUAACCCUCCAAGCCUUAACCCUGAAUCGACACAUUGGGCCACAUUUCAAAUUCCCAGCUGGGUCAUUCCUACUCUUCAACUUUUUAGCUACAGCAAUCUCAAUCUUCAUUGUUGAUCGUUUCUUCACUCCCAUGUGGCGAAAUCUAACCCAUCGACCUUUGACACCAAUCCAACGAAUUGGAAUUGGACAUGUAAUCAAUAUCCUUAGUUUGGUGGGAUAUGCCUUAAUUGAAAUUCGAAGACUCCAUGUGGUUCGAACUCACAGCCACGCUAACCAACCUAGUUUGGUUGUGCCCAUGUCGGCAUUUUGGCUUGUGGUGCCACUAGCCAUUGUGGGUAUUGGAGAGGGGUUUCAUUUACCAGGAUCAGUUGCAUUAUAUUAUCAAGAAUUUCCAAUAUCACUAAAAAGUAUGUCCACUGCUAUGAUCUCAUUAUUACUCGCAAUUGGGUUUUUUCUAAGCUCAGCUAUAAUUGAUUUGGUAAAGCGAACCACUAUAUGGUUGCCUGAUGAUAUUAAUGUUGGAAGAGUGGACAAAGUGUAUUGGAUGUUGACAGUGAUAGGAGUGGUGAAUUUUGGCUACUAUAUAAUUUGUGCCAAGUUGUUCAAAUACCAAAAUAUUGAGGAACAUGAUGGAGAUUCAAGGUCUGCUCUCUAAAAUUGGGAAGAUAAAUUGAGUGUUUUUAUAAGUUGGUUUACUUACUCUAUGUGUGAAGGAAGGAAAUUUGUGCCAUUUUAGAGUUUAAUAAAUAGUUGUUUGAGAUGAAGUUGGUUUA